UCUCUCUCUUUGUUUCUGUGUUUCAAUUUUGAAGCAAUCUCUGCAUGUACUUUUCUCAUACCCCACACCAUCACCCUCUCCCUCACCUCAUUUACUCCUCCUACUCUGCCACCUUCUCCUGCUCUCUCACCUGCUUAUUUUUCUUUUGCAGGUGUGAAAUCCCAGCAUUUAUACCAACAUCCCUCCUCCUCCUCCUCACCCUCCAAUGCACCACCACCAACAUCAUCACAACAAACACUCUUUUCUUGCUUGUUUCUUAUACACACUGUUGUGAACAAUGGGAAGAGCUCCUUGUUGUGAUAAACAAGGCUUGAAAAAAGGUCCAUGGACGCCUGAAGAAGAUAAGAUUUUAAUUGACUUCAUUCAAGCCAAUGGUCAUGGAAGUUGGAGAUCACUUCCCAAACUUGCAGGUCUGCUGAGGUGUGGUAAGAGUUGCAGGUUGAGGUGGACAAACUAUCUCCGGCCAGAUAUCAAGCGUGGCCCUUUCACUCCUGAAGAACAAAAGUCCAUUAUUCAGCUUCAUGGCAUUGUUGGUAACAAGUGGUCGACGAUAGCAGCACAACUCCCCGGAAGAACCGACAACGAGAUCAAGAACUACUGGAACACUCACCUGAAGAAGCGUCUACUCCGAAUGGGCCUCAACCCUGACACCUACGCCCCAUCAUCAUCCCCAUCGUCGUCGACCAACUCCUCCUCAUCCUCCUCCGCGCGUCACAUGGCGCAGUGGGAAAGCGCCAGACUUGAAGCCGAAGCUCGUCUAUCUCGCGAAUCCCUUCUCUUCUCGUCUUCCUCCUCGUCCACUGCCCCAACCCCAACUCUCUCCGCCUCCAGCUCCGACCUCAUCGCAGCACGACCGGAACCCGAUUAUUUCCUCCGGAUGUGGAACUCCGACAUCGGCGACGCCUUCCGCCGCCCUGUCACUGCGACACCACCUCUCGACGAGGGCAAGAGCUACGCUUCGAGCUCCAACGGCGACGCCGAAGACGAUGAAGACGACGACGACGAUGACACCUACGAGCUCUACUUAGACUUCUCCGGCUCCGGCGGCGCCACCGCCGCCGCCGCCGCCUCCUCUGCGGGUGAUGAUUUAAAUAUGAGCUUUUUUCAGGGGCAGUUCGGGAAUUUCACUUCUUUGUUUGAAAGUAGUGAUCUUGAACUUAGUCCUGAAAUGAAAUGAAAGUGUUCAGUGUGAAAAGGGUUUGUGCUUUUGGUGGUGGUUUUUUGAGGAGCUGGA